UAAGCCCUCUGGGAAACUUGGCAAAAACGCGUCAAGUUGUUGAAUCUCCACCUAUAUCGCCUCCUAUAUCUCCGCGAAGCCAAGCGUUUGCCACCUUCCCGGAUAUUGCCGCCCCUUCUCCUAUCCCGGCCAAUGUGACAAACACAAGACCGCGUUUAACGUCGGCCAUUCGCAUCCAGGCUCCAAAGAACAUUACUCCGCAGACGAAUGGAGCACCACAGUCCGCCAUUCUGCCCGGUCAUAGACCUCGAACUGGCUCAAUAUCCUCUUCCACAGGUUUAAACAACAAACCACGUGUGGCGUCUAUUAAUGCAAAAGUCCUUCCACAAAAGAUUGUAUCUACUCCGACGAUUAUUGCGGAUUCAGGUCAUUUCGUCCAAUCCCCACCGAAAUCUACACUUUCGGUUCGUUCAUCACCCUCCAAAGUCUCGAGCUCGUUAUCUGGGCUAUCCCACAUCGCUUUAUCCGCAGAAAACUCAGAAGAGUCGGAUAGGGAGGAAGAGGAAGAAAAUUCACAAGGAGACACUAGAGCCGAUACACCGCAACAGGAGAUGGACGAUGAUGCCUUUUUUGCAGAGGAGGCAAAAUCAAACAGAAAGUUUGUAGAUCAUGGAUCUCGAAAUAUCAAAUCAAUCACUGUGAGCUCUAUCGGAUACGAGAGCAAAGGAAUGGUCACUAAUAUUAUUUUGAUAGAUUGUUGGUCAAUACGAUGUUGGAAGCUACAAAGCUCCGACAAUCUCGGGAAAUCAAGGAGCUUCGACGAAAGCUGCGAGAUUCAACAACUUGACGCGUUUUUGCCAAGUUUCCCAGAGGGCUUACUGACGAGGUUACCCGUCUGG